GAUCUACUUGGUACUCGAGACGUGUCACUUCUGGGCGGGAAACAAAUUUCUCUGCUAAAUCACUCGUUCGUUUAGAAAAAAAAGAAACAACGCCAAAUGUUUCCUCUAUUGUUUUUGGCCUACGUUGUAGCCGUUAAGGUAUUUAAGAAGACCACCCCUAAUGGCAAAGUUACGGUAUAUCUUGGCAAGAGAGACUUCAUCGACCAUUUAGAUCACAUUGAUCCCAUCGAUGGCGUUCUCGUAGUGGAGAAUGACUACCUUCAAGGGCGCAAAAUUUUUGGUCAGGUCACGACAACCUACCGAUAUGGCCGCGAAGAGGACGAAGUUAUGGGAGUCAAGUUCAGCAAAGAGUUGAUGUUGUGUCGCGAUCAGAUAGUACCGUCGAAAAAAGAGAAGCAGGAGACUACACAAAUUCAGGAGCGUUUGUUGAAGCGUUUGGGUUCGAAUGCAUAUCCGUUUACAUUCCACUUUCCGCAGACGGCUCCAUGCUCGGUCACCCUUCAACCCGGCGAUGAUGAUCAGGGAAAACCCUUGGGAGUCGAAUAUAUUGUAAAAGUAUACGUUGGAGACAACGAAGAGGAUAAGGGACACAAAAGGUCCUCCGUAUCAUUAGCCAUCAAGAAAUUACAAUACGCCCCGCCGACACGAGGUCGCCGACUUCCUAGCUCUUUGGUAUUCAAGGGAUUUACUUUCUCCCAGGGAAAACUGAACUUAGAAGUCACACUGGAUAGAGAGAUUUAUUACCAUGGCGAGAAAGUUGCAGCAAAUGUAACCGUUACGAACAAUUCGCGAAAAGCGGUGAAAAACAUCAAGUUGUACGUGGUUCAACAUUGCGAGGUGACCAUGAUAAAUGCUCAAUUUUCGCGGCACGUGGCUAGCUUGGAAACUCGCGAGGGUUGUCCUAUCACACCGGGCGCUUCCUUCACGAAACAGUUCUAUCUUGUGCCUUUGGCCAGCAGCAACAAGGAUCGUCGUGGCAUCGCUCUCGAUGGACAUCUGAAAGAUGAUGACGUAAAUCUGGCAUCCUCAACUUUGGUCGCCGAGGGCAAGUGUCCGGCUGAAGCCUUGGGUAUCGUGAUUUCUUAUUCUGUCCGAGCCAAGCUGAAUUGCGGUACCCUGGGUGGCGAGCUGGUUACCGAUGUUCCAUUCAAACUGAUGCAUCCAGCUCCUGGCACCAUUGAAAGAGAAAAGGCCAUACUAAAGAAGAGCAAGAGCAUUGAGAGAGCACGAUACGAGAACUCUUGCUAUGCCACCGAUGAUGAUGAUAAUAUUGUAUUUGAAGACUUUGCUCGUUUGCGCUUAAACGAACCAGAGUAAAUCAAAGAUCGGCGCUUUUUGAUGCGACCGGUUUCUUCAAAAGAAUCCUGGGUUUUCCGCUCAUAGUAGAUUAUUUUCCCGCGUUUAAAAUUGACUUUUAUCUUUAAAUUCAAAUAGCAAUAUUAAAAUAAAUAAGUAAAAAAAUAUUCCGUCUUAUAAAGUUUAAUUAUUUUAUAUAGACUUUGUGUUUGAAAUGAGUUUCUUUGGAUUCUUUUGAUAUGAUUUUUAGUGAACGAGCAAUAUUAAAUAAAUGUAGGUAAAAAAACAUUAAAUAUAUUAUGAAAUUGUUACUGAGAGAAGAAAAUGACAAGAAAAUACAAAAAAAAAGAGGAAAGAUAACUAAUUAAUAAAAAUCAUCUCGGAAUUUCCGUGCGAUGGUGGUGAUCGGACAGAAAUUCACUACGAGAACAAAAAAAAAAAGAAGAAAA